AUGCGAUCCCCAGGCUAUCUCCUCAACCCCGGCGACAUGUUCCAGGUCGAUGUCGAGCGUGUCCUCUACGCCACCGGCAAGCCCAAGAACCCCCAAGAGAUUGCGCGUCUCGACAAGCUCCUGCGGGAGCGCGAGGAGCGCGAAGCCGCCGCCGAGGCCAAGGACGCCGCCCUCCGCGCCGCCAAGCGCCAGGAGCUCGCCGACAAGCUCAAGGCCGGCGACCGCGGCGGCGGUGAGGGCCCCUCGGCCGAGGCCUCAGAGCAGGCCGCAGGCGAGACGGCUGUCGAGGCAGAGUCGGAAGCCGCCGUCGAGGCUGCGGCCACCGAUGCCGACGCGGCCGGCAUGCUCGGCGAGGACGGCGAGCCCAUGACGGAGGACGAGCGCGCCGCUCAGCACAAGCGCCAGCUCAAGAAGCUCAUCCAGGACGCCAAGACGCUCCUCAAGGACGGCCAGGACAAGAUGAGCGCCAAGCACAAACAGCGCGUCCGCCUCUUCCUCUCGGAGGCCAAGCGCGCCAUCUCUCGCCUCGGCAAGAACGCCGCGGCUCUCGACCCGGACGCCGACCUCUCCCGCGACUCGGUCAUGACCCAGCUCGCCACCAUCCUCAAGGGCCUCAACCUCGACCACGCCCAACAGGCCAAGGCUGAUGCCGACGCCGCCGACGCCGCGGUCGUCGACACCGCUGAGCCCACCCCCCAGACCUGGGAGCAAGAGCUCCAGACCCUCACCAAGGCCGAGCAGGACGCCCUCGCGCGCCUCCUCGCCGAGGACGCCGAGAACCCCGUCGACGAGACGAAACCCUACCUCACCCCCUGGCAGCCGCGCCGCUACAUCGCCCCUUUUGCCUUCAUCCCCCGCUACCUCGAGGUCAAUCAGAACAUCUGCGCCGCCGUCUACCUCCGCCACCCUGUCGCCCGCCGCGGCGAGGCUGAGGUCCCCACCCCUUUCCCCAUCGACCAGAACCAGCUGGCCUUCAACUGGUAUCUCAGGAGGCGUUAG